GACAGCGAGGCUCAGCCCUACCUGAGCCAUGGCAGCCAACCUCACAGAGGGCAGCCCCAAUGCCAGCGGGACCACGCAGACGCUGGACUCUUCUCCAGUGGCUUGCACUGAAACGGUGACUUUCACUGAAGUGGUGGAAGGAGAGGAGUGGGGCUCCUUCUACUACUCCUUUAAGACUGAGCAGUUGAUAACUCUGUGGGUCCUCUUUGUUUUCACCAUUGUUGGAAACUCUGUCGUGCUGUUCUCCACAUGGAGGAGGAAGAGGAAGUCAAGAAUGACCUUCUUUGUGACUCAGCUGGCCAUCACAGACUCUUUCACCGGACUGGUCAACAUCCUGACAGAUAUUAUUUGGCGAUUCACUGGAGACUUCAUGGCACCUGACCUGGUUUGCCGAGUGGUCCGCUAUUUGCAGGUCGUGCUGCUCUAUGCCUCUACCUAUGUCCUGGUCUCCCUCAGCAUAGACAGAUACCAUGCCAUUGUCUACCCCAUGAAGUUCCUACAAGGAGAAAAGCAAGCCAAAGUGCUCAUCAUGAUUGCCUGGAUCCUGGCUUUCCUGUUCUCCAUUCCCACUCUGAUCAUAUUUGGGAAAAGGACACUCUCCAAUGGCGAAGUGCAGUGCUGGGCCCUGUGGCCUGAUGACUCCUACUGGAUCCCGUACAUGACCAUCGUGGCAUUCCUGGUGUACUUCAUCCCUCUGACAAUCAUCAGCGUCAUCUAUGGCAUUGUGAUCCGAACUAUUUGGAUUAAAAGCAAAGCCCAUGAGACAGUGAUUUCCAACUGCUCAGGUGGGAAACUGUGCUCCAGCUACAACCGAGGGCUCAUCUCAAAGGCAAAAAUCAAGGCCAUCAAGUAUAGCAUCGUCAUCAUCCUUGCCUUCAUCUGCUGUUGGAGUCCAUACUUCCUCUUUGACAUUUUGGACAAUUUCAACCUCCUUCCAGACACCAAGGAGCGUUUCUAUGCCUCUGUGAUCAUUCAGAACCUGCCAGCAUUGAAUAGCGCCAUCAACCCUCUCAUCUACUGUGCCUUCGGCAGCUCCAUCUGCUUCCCCUGGGGGGAUCAAAGAUCACAGGAUUCCAGAGUGACAUUCCGGGAGAGGAUGGAGCGGCAUGAGAUGCAGAUUCUGUCGAAACCAGAGUUCAUCUAG